GGGCUGUCUGUUAAUACCACACUCCAGUUUAUCAUAAGAAUGAUAUUUUUUUCUGUGGACUUCAUGGAUGUCUCUUUUUAUUUCAGGUUCAGAAUAGGGCCCUUUGGAUAGCUUUCUGUAGCUGACACUGUGCCUCUCAUUCAAUAUGUAUCCUUCGAAUGGAACUUUAAGUAGUGGUCAGAUCUCCGGUCUCUCCACUUUGUACCAAGUAUCUCUGUCUUUAAGUUUGAUUGGGAGUUUUUCAGUGCUGGUAGUAUCCAUUGUAAGGAGGAGGCACCUACAAGAGCAGCAGGUGCAGCCCCUGGUCCAGUUGGCUCUGGCUGAUCUUUUGGCAGCAGCCACCCUGAUGUUCACCAGUUCAAUGAAUGGGACACACAGCUUCAUCCACAGUGUGUCAGUCUGUGAGCACCUACUGCCUCUAUCACUGACAUUUUACUUUGUGUCAUUCCUGCUGGUGGUAGUGUAUGCCUGGGAGUCAAAUCGUGCCGUUGAAGGAUGGAGGGAGAGAUCAAGAGAGGCUCAGCCCCAGUGUAGACGCAGUGGGAUGGUUUUGUCUGUGUAUACUUUUGUGUGGUCUACACCUUGGGUGAUGUACUUAGUGUUUAUGAUGACUUCAUUUCUGACCACAGCAGAUAUAGUACCGCCUUGCAACGACAUGGCAAAUAAUGCUGAAGCUAGCGUAUACUGUACCAGUUGUAUCCUCUUCUUGCAUAUCUGGAGGGACCACUGCUCAGAUAUGGAACUGAUCCACGACAUCUUUAUACGAUGCUUCCUCUUCUUCAUCCUGAUAUCAGUGUUGGUGUUCUGUACAGUGGUUUACUACAAGGUGGGCAGCUGGUAUCGCAGGUACGAGGAAGAGGGACUAUUUCCUGUCGAGGGAGAUGCACGCUCAAGGAGACGACUGAAGAGUGUGUUCUCCACUGCUCGCAACAUGAUUCUGGUUAUCAUCUUCUGCUGGACGCCAGCUCUGGUCCUUGUUGUCCUAUCUGUGAUACCAAACAUUCCUCAAGAGAAGCUCUUCCCUCUCUAUAUUUUACAGGCAGUGACUGUGUCUCUGCAGGGCUGUCUGAACAGCGUGGUCUAUGCUUGGCGACGACCAAACUUCAGAGAGGCUGUGCUUGGAGAGAGGAUGCCUCUGCUCAGCCAGGACAGUCCUCUGCCCUUCUUUGAGGAGUCACUGAGGGCCCCACUUGGACCCCUGAACUCUAAUCCCUGAGCUAAGAAACGCUGCUGGGAUUUAUUCCCUCGAAACAGAUCUAAAACAGUUAAACAUCCUCAGAGACAAUACUUUACCAUUGAGAGAAGCAAUACAACGUAGAGACCUUAGAGUAAUGUCAAGGGAUUGCUUCAUUCCACUGUCACUACUGGGAUGGUUGUCCUGAGCCGAGACCAUGUAGUAUAUUAUGGAAAUGGAGCACAACGAUAAACUGGUACAUUAUGUUCUAGUGCUGUUAGAGCUGGGUCUUUUUGGAGUAGCCCUGUUUUGAUCCACUUUCAGAAGCUAGAUUUCAGGUUUUGUUUGAAACUGCAUGUGUGUGCAUUACUGUGUACACAACUGAGCAAAGAUGUCUGCUUGUUCUGCAACCUGACAUUAAGGCAGCUGGGAUGGUCUUAAGAAUCAGGCGCAACAAGAGGCUACAAGUGAUUCGUUUUCAUUCCCCAUUGUUGCAAUAACGCUGGAUUGUACUACUAGCUCAACCCACAACGAUCUGCCUAUAAUGUCCAGGGCUACGGCUAUGUCACAAAAUAUCAUUUGCAAUUCAGAAUUAUCUUGGAUCUGAGGUGGAUACAAAUGUUUUGUGUUUUUUCUUAUUUUUUGUGUUAUUUAUUAUGAAAAAGAUCAACAAUUUGAUGUUUUUA